AUGUCAGAAUCUCAUGGACAGAGAUCGAUUUUUACAGCCGAUGGAACCACUCGUGACGGUUCACUUUUCACGACACAUGCAGGAUUGAUACCUAGGGAUAUCGGACAUCGAUACACGAACGUAAAACGGCCUCGUAUAGAGAGUGGAAACUUCAAUUCUUCUGAGGUUUUCCCAUCGAGUGGAAUCGUACAACAGGCAGUGUAUCAUUCACCAAUUACAUCCACAAUCGCAGCAAGUUUACCAACACAGUCGGAGAGUACGUUUUCUAGUAAGUGAUCAUGUUCGUUGGGGUUUAUAUCAUAGAUCGGGGCAAAUGAUUGAACAAUUUUUUUUAUUUCUCUUGAAUAUUAUGUCGAUUGUCAAAUGUUAACCAAGCUUUCUUCUUUUCAACUUUAAUUUUCCUCAAUCGGGUUUCGACCGGUGAGUGGUGGGAUAUUCUUGUCUCUAUAGGCUUGAGUAUAUUUCCUGUAGUUGUCGACAUUUGUCUUCAAGAAAACGACAUCUAGUCGUGGUACUUUCAUAAACGAGACUUUGUACACUAUUUCGGAAAUGAGGUCAACCACUCAAACAUUUUUAAAUUCCCUUUGGGCGAAGAAGGUAUUUUGUAGCUCCAAUUUCAACGAGGAAUCGACUUUCUUUAUUUUGUAAACAAGAUGCUGUUUCUGAAAGAGUUACGUUGAAAUUAGUUUGUUUGAUUUAAGCAGGUAACCGGCCUGUAAAAUGACUAAUUUCUUUUGUUUUCACUUCAUGUAGGAUUUAAAGAUAAUGAAACUUUUUUAUUAUUAACAGACAUAUAUUUCAUAUCUAAUUCAUAACUUUUCAGUUAUAAAUCAGGCUUUAAUAGCCAUAUCGAUCUAAGAUAUCGGGUGCCUCCUCAACUCGCAAAAUCUUGUCCAAAUUUCAGCCUACCAGUCUCGCUCAGUAGAGGCGUAUUGAUAGUCUCUUUGGAACUCUAGAAAGUCGUUUCGUUUGCGAUAUUGUGCAGUUAUAUUUGGCUAUGAUUUCGGCAUGAAUGAAAGUAUUUGAAACAAGCUUCAGAGUUGUUUAAUCAGUGAGGAUCAACAUUCUGGAAGAAAUCCUUUCUUGCUUCAUACAACAACACAGAGCAAAGUCGAUUACUUAUGAACACCAGUUUAACAGGGUAUGUGAAGGGAAGCUGCACUUCAGGUGAAUGGGGGGAUGGUUAAGGAAGAAAAACAUGUUAUCACCCCCUCCUGGCUGGCUUUUCCUUUUUAUUACAUUUUUACGCUUUACAGGCCUAGAAAUACCUUUAAAAAAAAACUAUCGUUCAGUAAUGAUAGCUGGAAAAUAAUGUGUAAGGAGGCCAGUUAAUGAUUACAAAGUGGAAACUGAGAAGUUGUUAUUUUGGAAGAAAAAUAUGAAACUUGAAACAGAAAUUUCAAUCUGUCAAUAUGCCCAUUAUUGUUAAACAUUGUUAAUGGAUAUGCACAGAUAUUUACACUGAGAUUUGGGAGAUUCUUCAUUGACAUAAAGGCAAGAAUAUUGUAACAGACAUUGAUGGAAAGAGGCUGCCUUAAGGGAAAUUUUUGCAGAGAUAAAAGUUCAGGGGAAUAUAAUUUUCCUCCUCCACCAUAAGUGAUGGUCAGUUCCCCAUUGACAGAUAGUUAGAGACUUCUCUCUUGCAGUCAAGGGGGUUUUAAGUAUACAGUUACAUUGUAAAACUGCGUUUUAAAUUCUAUAAAGGAACAUUCAAUUCCUCAGAUCUAUAAGUGAUCUGCAUCUAAUUGCUAAUCACCCCUGAUUUAAACAAUAAGGUCAUGGGAAUAAAGGAAAUGAUUACCAGUCUGAGAGGCUCUUGAUUGUUAAAAAAAAAAUUCUCCAAAUUAGAAAUAUUGGCACCAUACAGUGACUAGUAUAUUUACACUAACUUAAGGGUAUAAAAUUCUUAGAAUAUCAUUCCCUCUCAGCAUGCAGAAUAAUUGUGUUUACUUGUAUAACAGUAAAGUAGUACACUGUAUGAUCAUUUUAUUGUACUAGUAUUUUAGUAAUAGUGGGAUUUCUGUUGAAAAUGAUUUUAUCAGCAAUCAAAAACAAAUUUUUUUCAUUGGAUCAGGCCAAGCAAUAUCUUGUAUUAACAUUGUUGUCAACUGUCUAAAGAUUAUGGGAUUGAGAAACUUCGAAAAUUACCACAAUUUCUGGCUGAAAACCCCCACACUCAUGGAUAGCCUUAAAACCAGUUUUGAAAUUUGCUAACUUUCCAUGGAGGGGUAUAAAGAAAUGAUGAGUACACUUUCAUAUAACUAAAUUUAUUCUUUGUUUCUAAACUAGAAGAUUUUGCUUUAUCAUUUAGGAAGAGGUCCAUACCAAAGAGUGGCUGAUGGGUACUCAUCAACACCCAAACACAGACAUGAUGGAGUUCGAGUGGCUGCAGAACCUCGCAGUCUGGCCUUAGAGCUAGCAGCAAGUCACCCCAGUCCUCCAACCACCCCUUCCCCUCCCCCUGAAGAAGAUGAGGAAAAAGAGGAUUUUCACAAAGACCCGUAAGUCAAUAACAUGAAUGUUUAUUAUGUUUAUUAAAGUAAGCAGCAUUCAUUUUAGGAGCCAGCCACUGGCUCAGACACUAGACACUUCAAUCUUUAGAAUGGUUUUCAUAAAAUGAUAAAUUUGACCAGUGUACAUAUAACAUCUUUCAUCUCUUCAUUCCAAAAAUUUCCGUGGUCAUUUUUCUUACUGUUCGCCAUACAAUUCCUAUAACAUUAGAGGUGAGAAUUUGGUUUUGAAUCUACUAAUAAUCCCUUAACUGAUAUUUUUCUUUAUCCUCGUAACUUUUCUACUUGAUGUUGUAUUGAUAUUGUAAGGAAAAAUUUUUGUCAUGGUCACUUAUAGGAGUUAAAGGGUUGAGUCAUGAUCACAAAGUGGAAGUAUAAUUGUAGAAUGCAUUCAUGGCUUAGAAGAUUUAUUAAGGUGGAAUUGGUGGAGGAGAGGGGUGUGUAGGAUUAGGGUUGGUUAAUUUGUUUGUUGGUUUUUUCUUGGAGGGGGGAGUGUAAUGUUUAUAUUGUCACAUGUAGUUAUGUUUUUGUGUUGAACAAGACAGUAUUUUUUUACUAUCUCUGGGGGUUCUUUUCUGUAUGUUCUUGUAAUGGAUUGUUUUUCAUUUGUAGUGCAGCAAUUCAACCAAGACUUUCAAAAGCUGCUAUGAACCAAUAUCUCACUGAUGUAGUGCAAAGGGAUGGUCAACAAACAGUUAUCAUUUUCCAUGCCAAGGUGGCACAAAAGUCAUAUGGCAAUGAAAAAAGGUGGAGACAUUGCUAUCCUUUUUCAAGUGAACAUCAUUAACACUUGUGUACUUAAUUGCCAAGCCUUUGAUUUGGAUUGAGGCUGAAAGUGACCUGGUUGGGAUAGAAACCAUUAUCCAGUUAGCAUGAUAGCAAAGUAGUUUACAUUUGAAAAGCAGGGGGUACUGUGCUGAACAGCAGGUUGAGAGGUCUGGGUUCAAUACAUGGCUGCUUCAAUGUGUUAUGUUCUUGGUCAAGACACUUAAUUCUCACCAGGCCUCUCUCCACUAAGGGUUAUAAAUGGCUACUAAUGAAUUGUCAGAGAAGCCUGAUGAAAUGCUGGGGGUAACCUUGUGAUUGACUGGCAUCCCAUCUGAGGGGGAAGAAGUAGUAAUACUCCUAGUCACUUUAUUCUAUGGAUACUGGGAAAAGCUGGCUUGGGGGAGAAUGGAGGCAUUUGACUCGAGUAAAGACUUUUUAAUCAGUUUGUGUUCUGCAUUAUUGUCAUAAGACCCUUUAUCUCCUAGUCAAUAAUUGCAUAGUACUGAUUGUUUUAUUCAGGUUUUUCUGUCCUCCACCUUGUGUUUAUCUUGUGGGAGAAGGUUGGCAGUAUCGUAAGGCACUUAUGCCUCAAGUUCCAGAAGAAGAAGUAAUGCAUCAGCCAGUUGCAUUCAUUGGGAUUGGAAGCAAAAAUGAACAGGAAAUGCAGCAACUUAUUAUUGAAGACAAGGUAGGUCUUGUUUCAUGUUUAAAACCUUGCAGACAAGCUUACUCUCACCAAUGUGCUGUGAGUCUGUGAGUGGUCUGUUUGUUUGUUUGUUUUUUUUUAACAUAAUUUCAUUCAUAACAAGACCUCCAAUCUUACUUUUUUGGGGUGGAAAAAAAAUCAUUUUAAAGUGAAGUAUGACCUUGUUCAACAAGAAUAGUGAAUCUUUGGAGUCAUGAUGUACUUGGAAGACAAAUACACUAUUGCUGGACUUCAAUUUCAUGUCAAGUUUUCUGUUGGUCUUUGCAAGUUCAUGCAACAUGCAGGGCAAGGGAUAUCAAUUGCAUCAGAUCAAAAUCGCAAAAAUAAAAAGACUGAGGUGGUGCUGAUUGUUCAGUGGAAAAGGUUUUGCUCAAAUAGAAUUUUAUUUUCCACACUUGGUUUUACAGCUCUCAAAGAUUUCCAUUUAUUAGGGGUCUGUGAAAUGGAUACGCAUAUACUUCAUUAAAUUUUUCAUAGUGUAGUUUGAUUAGCAUAGCUUAGUCCCCUCUCUGGGUUUAUUUACAUAAGACCUUCAUCAGAGAACGCCAUGGAUUUCUAUCAGUUGCCAGUCUGUCAAGCUGGCCUUAUGUCCAGCCUCCAUCUCUCAUUCCCUUAUUUCGCAGCUCUCCAAAUUUCCUUGAGGUGGCAUCCCAGGAUUUUAGAAAGGCUUGUUGUUUGUGGUCUGAUAGGCCCUGGUAAAGCAAUCCUUUGCAAGAAGAUGAUUAUCAACCUGGAUAACUGGACUGAUAUUCACCAAGUGAUUAAUAUUUACUCAUUUGCUGAUUAUCAGACCAGUCACUAGGUAUCUAGCUCAAACUCUAAGAUUGAUAUUUAGUAUCCUAGACUCAUUUAAUGGUAACCUGAAAUACAAAUGUUAGUAGCCAAAUAUUAAAAAACAAUCAGAUGCUCUAAAUUAAGUUACACUGUACAAUUAAAUCCCAUUUCUAAAACCUGUUGUCAAGAAUGACUCAUACUUUAGAUUAGAUAUCUACAGUUAUAUCCUAUUUUGGUCAUAUCUUUGAGACUAUUAGGAAACCCUAUACAGUGAUUUGUUUGAUGUGCAUGUAUAAACUGAAGGAUGCUUAUGCACAUAUGCAGAGAUUGUGUAUAACAGCAUGCAUUUGGUAUGGAUAUUUAAAACUUCAGGGUUAAUCUAGGUUUUCAGAAAAAUAAUGAUUAUAUUGACACACUGUAUUUCUUUUUGUGAUAUUUUUAGGGCUAUGGAGCUGCUAAAACUUUGUAUAUAUCAGAUUCAGAUAAAAGAAAGCACUUUGAAUUGUCGCUGAAGGUACAUAAAUGUAAAUUUAAUUUUGGUUUAAAGGUGAUUGUGAAUUCCAACAGUUCAAGUGUAUUCAAAAGAGAUUGUAGUGUCCAAACUGUGUGAAUUUUCUAUUAAUCAACUGUUGUUAGUUGUGGAAGGCAAAAGUGCAUUUGAUCAAAGACCCAAAGACUUUAUUCUGAGUCCAUCAGAAUUGUCUGACUAACGUUCAGUUCAGGCAGAGUUAAGUUAAAAUAUACUCUUGGCAAAAGGGUGUAUAUGAAAUUAACUACCUUGGCAUGUGCAGCAGGACACUCUUUACCAUGGCUUUACAGGUUGAACUGACAAAAAAAUUUUUUUACACAAUCACCUCCUCUAGUCAUGUUAAUUAAUCUUUAUUAUUGUUUAUGUAUUUAUUUCUUGUUAUUUAACACAGUUACUAUAUCCCAAUGGUGACCAUGUUGGUACAUUCAAUUCAAAAAGAAUAAAGGUGAGUUUUGUUGUGUAGAGAUAAUACCUAAUGUAAUAAACAAGGCAGGUGGGGUGGAGGAGGAUCCUGGGGUGCCCAUGACUCCUCCCCCCCUCCCCCUUUCAACCUUUUUUUCCUUCAGAAAACAACCAGAUAGUGGCAAAAACUGGUGAAUACCCUGUGUUUAACACAGUGUGACUCCCGUUUGAGAAAUCCUGGUUUCUCCCCUGAUAUCCAUGCAUUCCUAAUAAUGAAAAAAAGGCCAAGGCUACACUCAGCUGGGACUCAUCCCAAUUUCAUUAGCAUGAGGCAACAAGAAGAACUAUGGUCACUCCCAUAGAUGGGAUCCGAUACUAAUGCUGGUUACCUUCCCGCAUUGCACAUUGUAACAGGCUUCCUUGACAUUGUGCUAGCACCCAUUUAUACUCCUGGAUUUGGUUGUUUGAAGUGUGCUAGUGUGCUAUCUGAUGGAUAGCAAAGUACAUUUUGUUAACUUUUAUCUAUUGGAGAGGGUGUAUCCAUUAGUUAGCGUCAUCCACUCUUUGAACAACUGGGCCUUGGGAGAGUGGGGCACUGUGAGAUUUAACCUUUAACUCCCAAGAUCUUAUUGUUAAUUUUUCCCUCUAGCUGCUACACGUUUCCUUGUAAAAUAAGUGAUGAGAAUUUGGUGUAAGAUCAAGGCAACAAAUUCUACCUGAUAAGUUUGAACAUUCUCAUAACAUGUUUGCUGAAAAAUGUACAAAUAAUUUAAGGAGAAGUGGCAUGUUAAUCACUUUUGGGAGUUGAAAGUGUUAAGUAUCUCACCCAGGUCAGCCCUCAAGCUUAGACCAUUUGGCCACCAUGUCUCCCUCACAUCUCUUUAGCAAUUCUCCCAAUUGCCUGUCAAACAAUUCUUAUGAUAUUAGUUCUAAGAAUUUAGUAUUGGAUCAACUAAUAAUCUCCUUAUUUAUAUUUUUGUUUAUUCUCAUCGCUUGUCUGCUUGAUAUUGUAAAAAUUUUGUAAGGAGAAAUUCUGUCUUGGUUAGGCAUGAGAGUGUAAGGGUUAAACACCUUUUUGAUUGCACAUAACUCCCUUGUGUUAACACAUUUAAACUCAACCCAUAAUGGCUUAUCCUUGUUUAACGGAAUUAUACACUAUGCACACGAGUGUAAGUACUUGUAUGCUACAUGGGUACAGUUGCUUGCACAAAAAUGAAGAAACAGGUAAAAUGAAUUAAACUUUACUGUUGUUUGUGAUCUCUGUCAUAGGUCAAAUUCUAAAAUAAAUGUUAGUUUCAGGAUAAUGCAACAAAUUCUUUAAGUUGACCAACAAAAAAGUGUAUAGUGGUAUUAGUCAUUACAAAGGAAACUGGAGAUACAACUUGUUUAAAACUGUUUAUGUGAGAAAUCCUUAUCCCCAUAACAAGAUAAUUCUCUGCAUUGCAGGUUAUCUCAAAGCCUUCUAAGAAAAAGCAGUCAUUAAAGAACGCUGAUUGUGAGUAACAAUAUUUUUAUUUAAUUUUUCUUCCCGUGACAAGUCAAUUCAUUCAUAGUAAUUUAACAUUGUAAGAUGAUGGAUAAUUAGGUUUAUCAACUGAGUUGAUGUGAAUUUGUAGAAUCUCGCCGUAGAGAAUUCUAAAGCAGAAUUUUUUUUUUCCAGUAUGUAUCCAAUCAGGCUCUACAGUCGCUCUGUUUAAUCGCCUAAGAUCACAAACUGUCAGCACACGAUAUCUUCACGUCGAAAAUGGCACAUUUCAUGCAAGUAGCCAACAGUGGGGAGCGUUCACCAUCCAUUUAUGUGAGUAAGGACACCUCACCCUUAACAAACUAGCUUACGGGUGUAUCUCUAGUAAGAUGUACACCUGUGCGCUGAUUUUAUUCCUGAGGCUAAGAGACCCUCUCAUAUUAUCUGUAGCAUGAAGGUUGUUCGGUACAAAGAAUUUGUUUUUAGGCCAAGGUGCAUCACUCUGAUAGUACCUCUCGGUCUCGGGGACGGAUUACGGACGGACUAAUCUGUGUCGGAUUACGGUGCAAAAUAACCGACUGUCCAAACAGCCGCAUAAUAUCGCAGGAUAUUUUUACUACAACCGUAUAAUAUGGCAGGAUAUUUUCACUGGAUUCACGUGUUGUUUGCACUCUACGUAGUGCAGUUGGAUGAUAAAUGAUGAAAUUUUAUUUUACUUAUUUGUAACUUUUAUUUCGAUGUCUCCAGUACAUGAUGAUGAAUCCGAGAGUGAAGAAUUUUCUGUCAGAGAAGGGUAUGUGCAUUAUGGCUCAACCGUCAAGCUGGUUUGCUCCGUAACAAAGAUGGCUCUUCCUAGACUGGUAUGAUGGUUUGUCUAACCAUACAUGAUCACACUGCUUUGUUUGUGUACUUGUGUCCCACAUUAUUGCUGUUGUGAAGUGGUACUAGAAUUGACUCGGGCAAUUUUACUUUCUAAAGGUAAUACGAAAAGUCGACAAACAGACGGCUUUAUUAGACGCUGAUGAUCCAGUAUCACAACUUCAUAAGGUAAGCAAUGAAGUCUUGUUAAGGGCUUGAGAUUUGUGUACCCUUGUGUGUAUGCCCAAAUUAACCCUUUCACUCCCAUAAUUGACCAAGACAGAAUUUCCCUUUACAAUAUCGAUACAAUAUCAAGCAUGAUAUUAAUGGGUCCAGUUAUCCCAUACCAAAUCUUCGGAACCUUCCUCAUGAACCCAACGAUGCGCUUCAUCAUGCUUGUUUACAUUAAAGUAAGCCGUCUUCAUUAAUCCCUAGGUCGCCUUUUAUAUGAAAGAAACCGAGAGAAUGUACCUUUGUUUAUCCCAAGAAAGAAUUAUACAGUUUCAGGUGAGUCGAUGAGAAGUUUCCACUACCUCUUCUUGGUAUGGUACGGCGUUUAUGGACGACGAAAAGAUAUACUAUGGAUGUAGCGUGAAGAUGGCUUAUAUUCCUAAAUUCUUUUUGUGAAUGCAAUCGAAGAUUGACGUUAAAAAAAGUUUAAAAAAUUACGAUUUUGGAAAUUGGUUUGCAAAACAACAAAAACCGUUUCCAUUUUUAUUUUGAUUUUUAUGACUGAUAAAGGGGGAAGGGGGUAGGGAUUUUUCAAGUAGAGCAAUGCAAAUGAUAUGCGUGGGUUUUUCCAAACUAAUCACAGAGCAUAGGCUAUGUAUCCCCUAAUCACUUUUGAAAUUCAUUUGAUAUUUUAAUCGCUAUUUGUGCCUGGGAUUCUAAUUGAACAAGCUUGUUUUUUUCCACAGGCCACGCCUUGUCCCAAAGAGCAAAAUAAGGAGAUGAUCAAUGAUGGAGCAUCUUGGACAAUAAUCAGCACAGGUUAGUAAAUGGGUGAUCAAUGGGAGUUCCAUGUAAUUCAAAACGUUUCGCUUUAUACAGUACAAACCUAUCGUGAAUUUUCUUUUUUUAAAAAGAAGAGAGAGAAGUAAGAAGGCACAUAGUGAAUGUAAACAUGGGCUGUGACAAAUACACCUUGACCUUACUCGCUCCUUUUCGAUCAAUCCUUUACUAGUUAAUGUUUACCCUACAUAAAAAAAACCUUGUAUUUUGUGGUUUCUCACACAAAAAACAUACAUUUUUUCCAACGGGUCUGCCUAAAACUAAAUGUAACAGACUUAUAUCUGUUCCAUUGCCGCCGCCCCUCCCCCCCCCAACGUCUCAUGAAAUUUUCAGACAUUGCAUUUUGGUUGAUAGCAUUGCUCUCGUGUCCUUCUUUGUUAGAUAAAUCCGAGUACAGUUUUUACGAAGGAAAUGGUCCUGUGAGGUCUCCAAUCACGCCUGUCCCGAUUGUCAACAAUUUACAGGUAAUCUAACCUAUCUUACAUAUCCGCUUUUCAAAAAGCCAACAUUCUGCCUUGUUUCCAGUAAAGAAAUUCGUCCUAACAUCCUCAAGUUCUUCCUCUGACGAUCUUUAUCAUUCUCUUUCCCCUUUUUUUGCUUUGUUUUGUUUUUUCCUCUCACUUUUGUGCUUUUCUACCCUGCUAAACGACAACUUAAAGGAAUGUCAUUUGAAUUAAAAUAUCUCUGACGCCAAAAAUGCCUCAGAUUAUCGUGUUAUAGAUCCUCUGAGAUUUUCCCUCGGUUACUUGAAGUUCAACUCGUUUCGUGAGGUAUCAUGUUGGGUAUGAAAAAAAUUAAUCUCUAAUGGGUCGGCAAUAUAAUUUGAUUCCAAUAAGGAAUGGAACUGUAGACCUUCCCGUUUCACUAUCUUCAACUUUAAGGAGGCUGAAAAAAUGUAUUAGGUCGAUAUGGUAGAACAAACAGGAGACAAUUAAAGACUUAAAAUGAACAACGAUGGCCAGAAAUGUAGAACAAUAAAAUGGAUCAAAAAUGAUAUUAAGAAAAAUAGAUGAACUUCUUGCUGCACAAGUAUUGACACACCUCAACAAGGUCAUAAAGUGGAUGGCAGUGAAUUGCCAGCGCUGCAAAUGAAAAUGAAAUACUAUUAUGGGUGGGCGUGUGAUGAGUCUGUCUGAUAACGAACGUAUCACAUCAGGGCGUGAAAUUGCGCCUAAUACAGGCGCCAAUGCGCCUAAAUUUUUCACUUUGGCGACCAAAUCCUGAAAGUUAGUCGCCAAAUUGGCGACUAGAACGUUUCAUCAUAACCUUACCAAGAUAUAUAGUGAAUUAAAAAGAUUUGCAAAGAUAAAUCCGCGGCAAACUUCCUCGUUAAGUUUGUUUACAAAACGUAGCACAUGCAUCUCGAUCGAUAACUAGACGCCAUCUUGGAUUUAGAUGAGCCUGAACGUUGUAUAUCAUCCAUCCUAGUGUCCACUUUGUAGCACGUUAAUUUUGGAGGGUCUAUCUAGAACGCUGACAGCGUAAAGAAAGAUUUUGUUUGUCUUUGAAAAUGGCGACCAACUUUUUUUGAAUUGGCUACCACUUUGAAGAAUUUAGGAGCCAAGUGGCUAUCAGAAAAAAAAAGUUAAUUUCACGCCCUGCACAUGCUUGAAAUUUAGGUCGAUUGUUGAAUGUACUACUCUCUUAUUAUUUUUUUUAGCUGAAUGGCGGUGGAGAUGUGGCCAUGUUGGAGCUAACUGGAGAGCAUUUCACUGCAAACUUAAAAGUUUGGUUUGGAGAUGUUGAAGCAGAAACCAUGUACAGGUAGGAGUGAUAUAGUCUAUAGAGUAUAGUUCUGUGAAUGUCAGACUUGGUAAUAAGAUUACACCAGUAGCCAGCGUAACCACACAUUUUAAGUUUCUUACAGUACAGAUGUAGAUGUUUCGUGACAUCACAUGUAUUGUUAUAGAAAAUGCUGUUGUUGAUCAUGGUUUUAGACAUAAAUUAACGUUUAAUUGUUUGUCUCGUGAUGUAAGAGCCAGUCGUGUGUCAGUCGUAUGUUGAGAUAAGCAACUUGCUUGCGCUCGUAAUUCGGCGGACGAACUGUGCUAAUCAAGAUAAAUUGGUGAGGAUAUUUGUCAGUUAAGACCAACCAAGCAUCCCAGCGAUACCAAUCCCAUAGUCACUGUAAUUCUUAAUUUAUCAAACAUGGUAUAUAGCAUUUCCUCAUGAAUUCAACUCAAGGUGUAACAUAAUGCAGUCGUUGUGAACGAUACUCAAAGUAAACUAUUUUCAAAGAAAUUUUAAAGGGUCUAAGGAGAACUUCAAUCCAAAAUUUUCCUUUAGAGUAUGCCUUUCUCGGGUUUUUUCGCGCUAGCGUAAAAUGAGAACCUUUUAACCAGGGUUUUCAUUUGAGGCCGGAGGCCGGACGUUUCGUCCGGUCGUUUGUCAUUCCACGUCCGGUACUUUGAGAUCAAUAUUGGCGAUUUUUUUUUACUACGGCGCCAAGAAAACAUUCACGUCCGGUGCUUUCAGAAGUAUGUCCGCUACUUUACAAAACAGUUGAAAACCCUGUUUAACCCACUGCUCUCAUGCUUUUCCUGUUCCUUCUAUUUUAACAGAUGUGGGGAGAGUCUGUUAUGUGUUGUUCCAGACAUCUCGGCCAUUCGUGGUGGAUGGCGGUUUGUCCGGCAACCCACUGAAGUCGCCGUCAGCCUCGUUCGCUCUGACGGAGUUAUCUAUCCUACAGGACUUACGUUCACCUAUACACCAGAGCCAGUGGAGAGACCUUCUUCUUCCAUAUCAGAAACGGUGUUACGAGCCGAUCUCUAGGAACAAUGAACCACACCGGGGGAAGAAAAGUCCCAGUUAUAUGAAGGGAAUUACUUGCGACUGUCCCACUAGGAGUCGGAAAGCAAACCUAGAAGAGCCAUUCAACCAACGCCUAUUCCUUCUGUUCGUCCAUUUUGAAAUUACGUUUUCAGAACGCUCAGCGACGUUGCAUUUAGCGGAACAGAUACACAACCUAUCGUACUAGAGUCACUCACGAACAAAUUUUUAUCCCUUUAAAUAUGAAUGUAACAGUUGUAAAUAUAGUCUUUUUAGUCAGCUGUGAAAGUACAUUGUAGGCACGGAGAAUUUUGCUGUAUUUCAAAGUACUGCAUAGCAAAUCGUGUCGCAUCCGAGCUAUAUUUAGGUAGGCUUUUGGCUCAAGUCGUCCUAAAACUAUCCUGAGGUCAGGAAAACUGUGCUUCGUGUAUUUUUUUUGACGUUCAUAAUUUAUUUUUGGAUUUAAAGUCAGAGUAAGUCAAGUUUUUGUCGUGCAUUUCAUGUGAGAGAGUACCUCAAUGAUUAGCCCCGCGUUGUUGUUCUUCAUCCGAUUCCAUCCAAUUUACGCAUGUCCAAAUUUCUGUCGCGUGACUUGACUAAUGGAAUAUUAACCAUUCAGGGUAUAUCUACAAGCAGAGAAAUCUAUAGCUAAUAAAUAUAUUUACGUU